AUGGAGAUCGUAUACAUGGAUAUAGAAGAAGAUUUGCAAGAAGAAAAGGAAGUGACUGAUGCGAUAAUAAACCGUCUACCCGUUUCACUUCUCAGCUUAAUAAUCUCAAGGCUGCCCAUCGAAGAAGCAGUAAGAACAGAUGCAGUAUCACGGCGAUGGAAGCAUCUAUGGAGGUGGAUAAUGCACAUCGAUUUUGAUUCUUUCACAGAGAAAAGAUACAGUCUUGAUCAGGUCAGUCGUAUUAUCAACUGCGUCUUUUCACUUCACUGUGGUAAUAUCUGUAGCUGUAGGAUCACCCAUUAUCUAAGCCAUAACAAAAAUGGUGACGUGAAAGGAUGGAUUGAACACCUGAGAGAUAGGAGACGACGAAUUCAGGAGCUUGCUCUCACUUGCGUUGAUGAUCCUCAUGAUCUGGGUGAUCUACUAUUCCUCCCGGUAAUUAUUGAACAAGAACAAAUAUCAAACGACCUACCGCCGGGCAUCUUUGGUUGUCAAUCUCUGCGUGUGCUUGAAUUGAAUAAAUACUUCUUAAGGGAUGCCUCCCCUUUUGAGAAUUGUGCGAACCUCCAAACUCUGAAUCUCCAGAGCGUCUGCCUUUCGGAUGAUACUCUCAAUAAAAUCAUAUCUAACUGCGUCGCAUUAGAGAACUUGAUCCUGAGUAAGUGCUGUGGUUUAUCAAAGCUUUGGAUUAAUUGCGGAAAUCUCAAGAGCUUAGAGAUUAGUUUCUUCAUCUGCAAAUGGGAGGAAAUUGAUAUUCAAGCCAUGAAUCUUGCAAGCUUGGUGAUUGAUACUGUGCACUGUCCACACGGCUUCAGAUUUAAUACCCCCAAGCUCACAGAACUUCGCAUCAAUCAUCAAGGGGGUCAGAACUUUUUUCCAAAUCAUCAGUGGGAGUUCCGCAUGGUUAAUAAUCAGCAGCUGCUUCGUAGGAACUUCAUGAUUGGUAGAGGCGGAUAUACGAAAACUGCAGAAAUUCUCGAAUCCUGUAGCGGUCUCUAUGUGAAACCUCGUACCAGUCAUAAUCUUCAUUAUGACGAUGAGUACACAUGUUCAUUCAAUAAUCUGAGGAGACUAUUCAUCAAGGUUAAUUUGAAGGAUGUAAGGCAGGCUACUAUAAUUGCAUUCUUCUUUAGAUGGUGCUUCUGUCUUCAAGAACUUAAUAUUGAGAUUGAUGAUGGAAGGAUGUCUGAAUCAGAUCACGAUUGUCUACCAUAUCCAGUGUCUCAGUUUUGGGAGAGGCGGGAGUACUGGAUCUCAUAUUCCUUGAGAAGAGUGCAGAUGAAGGGUUUCAGAGGGCAUGUGCUUGAAAUAGAGUUUGCCAAGUUACUCCUAACAAAAAUUUCAUUGCUUGAAAACAUGGUGAUCCAGUUACAUGACGAGUGCUCACCAAAAGGAGAAGCUUCUACAAGAGGCUUGCUGUCCCUGCCAAUGGCUUCUACCCAUGUCUCCAUUGUAAUAAAAUCUGCAAGGAAUAGGUUGAAAGCUAAAGCAGUGCAAUCCUGA